AGGAGAAGUAGCAGCGCCCGCGUUGGAGGGCGUGCGCGGCAGGGAGUGCCUGGAGCCCGGACGGCGGGCGGCUGCGCGCGGGACCCCGGAGCCGGGACCCGCGGCGGCGGCGCGGCCAGCCUCCUUGUUCACCCCCUUCCUCCUCGCCUCCCCCCGCACUGGGAGCAGACGACAGUGAGCACCAUGGCCAACGUGGACACCCUCCCGGAGUACGAGAAGAGUCAGAUCAAGCGGGCCCUGGAGCUGGGCACUGUCAUGACCGUGUUCAGCUUCCGCAAGUCCACCCCGGAGCGGAGGACGGUCCAGGUGAUCAUGGAGACGCGGCAGGUGGCCUGGAGCAAGACGGCCGACAAGAUCGAGGGCUUCCUGGACAUCAUGGAGAUAAAGGAGAUCCGGCCAGGGAAGAACUCCAAGGAUUUCGAGCGCGCGAAAGCGGUCCGCCAGAAGGAAGAGUGCUGCUUCACCAUCCUGUAUGGCACCCAGUUUAUCCUCAGCACGCUCAGCCUGGCAGCCGACUCGAAGGAAGAUGCAGCUAAGUGGCUGUCUGGCUUGAAGAUCUUACACCAGGAAGUGAUGAGCGCGUCCACCCCCACCAUCAUCGAGAGCUGGCUGAGAAAGCAGAUUUAUUCUGUGGAUCAAACCAGGAGAAACAGCAUCAGCCUCCGGGAGUUGAAGACCAUCUUGCCCCUGGUCAACUUCAAAGUGAGCAGUGCCAAGUUCCUGAAAGAUAAGUUCCUGGAAAUAGGCGCGCACAAAGAUGAACUCAGCUUUGAACAGUUCCAUCUCUUCUAUAAAAAACUUAUGUUUGAACAGCAAAAAUCGAUCCUUGACGAAUUCAAAAAGGAUUCUUCCGUGUUCCUCUUGGGCAACACCGACCGGCCGGACGCCUCUGCUGUCCACUUGCAUGACUUCCAGCGGUUUCUCUUGCAUGAACAGCAGGAGCUUUGGGCCCAGGAUCUGAACAAAGUCCGUGAGCGGAUGACGAAGUUUAUUGACGACACCAUGAGGGAAACUGCUGAACCCUUCUUGUUUGUGGAUGAGUUCCUCACGUACCUGUUUUCCCGGGAGAACAGCAUCUGGGACGAGAAGUAUGACGUGGUGGACAUGCAGGACAUGAACAACCCCUUGUCUCAUUACUGGAUCUCCUCGUCUCACAACACGUACCUCACGGGGGACCAGCUGCGGAGCGAGUCGUCCACGGAGGCCUACAUCCGCUGCCUGCGGUUGGGCUGCCGCUGCAUCGAGCUGGACUGCUGGGACGGGCCCGACGGCAAGCCCAUCAUCUACCACGGCUGGACGAGGACCACCAAGAUCAAGUUUGACGACGUUGUGCAGGCCAUCAAAGACCACGCCUUUGUCACCUCCAGCUUCCCCGUGAUCCUGUCCAUCGAGGAGCACUGCUGUGUGGAGCAGCAGCGCCACAUGGCCAGGGUGUUCAAGGAGGUGUUUGGAGACCUGCUGCUGACCAAACCCAAGGAGGCCAGUGCCGACCAGCUGCCGUCGCCCAGCCAGCUGCGCGGGAAGAUCAUCAUCAAGCAUAAGAAGCUGGGCCCCCGCGGUGACGUGGACGUCAACAUGGAGGACAAGAAGGACGAGCACAAGCAGCAGGGCGAACUGCACAUGUGGGACCCCAUCGACCAGAAAUGGACUCGGCACUACUGUGCCAUUGCUGAUGCCAAGCUGUCCUUCAGCGAUGACAUUGAACAGACUGUAGAAGAGGAGCUGCCCCUGGAUAUACCCCCCACAGAGCUGCAUUUUGGGGAGAAGUGGUUCCACAAGAAGGUGGAGAAGAGGACGAGUGCCGAGAAGCUGCUGCAGGAAUACUGCGCCGAGACAGGGGGCAAGGAUGGGACCUUCUUGGUGCGGGAGAGUGAGACCUUCCCCAACGACUACACCCUGUCCUUCUGGCGGUCGGGCCGCGUGCAGCACUGCCGGAUCCGCUCCACCAUGGAGGGCGGGACCAUGAAGUACUACCUGACCGACAACCUCAUGUUCACCAGCAUCUACGCCCUCAUUCAGCACUACCGCGAGACACACCUGCGCUGCGCCGAGUUCGAGCUCCGGCUGACCGACCCCGUGCCCAACCCCAACCCGCACGAGUCCAAGCCGUGGUACUACGAUGGGCUGAGCCGCGGAGAAGCGGAGGACAUGCUGAUGAGGGUCCCCCGGGAUGGGGCCUUCCUGAUCCGGAAGCGGGAAGGUACCGACUCCUACGCCAUCACCUUCAGGGCCAGAGGCAAGGUGAAGCACUGUCGUAUUAACCGAGACGGCCGGCACUUCGUGCUGGGCACCUCCGCUUACUUUGAGAGCCUCGUGGAGCUGGUCAGCUACUAUGAGAAACACGCACUCUACCGGAAGAUGAAGCUACGCUACCCCGUGACCCCCGAGCUCCUGGAGCGCUACAACAUGGAAAGAGAUAUAAACUCCCUCUAUGAUGUCAGCAGGAUGUAUGUGGAUCCCAGUGAAAUCAAUCCUUCAAUGCCUCAGAGAACCGUGAAAGCUCUGUAUGACUACAGAGCCAAGCAGAGUGAUGAGCUGAGCUUUUGCCGCGGUGCCCUCAUCCACAACGUCUCCAAGGAGCCCGGGGGCUGGUGGAAAGGAGACUAUGGGACCAGAAUCCAGCAGUACUUCCCAUCCAAUUAUGUCGAGGACAUUUCACCAGCAGAAGGGGAGGAGGCGGAUAAGCAGAUUAUUGAAGACAAUCCCUUAGGGUCCCUUUGCAGAGGAAUCCUGAAUCUCAACAUCUAUAAUGUUGUUAAAGCCCCACAUGGGAAGAACCAGAAGCCUUUCGUCUUUGUCUUGGAGCCCAAGAAGCAGGGCGAUCCUCCAGUAGAGUUUGCCACGGACAGCGUGGAGGAGCUGUUUGAGUGGUUCCAGAGCAUCCGGGAGAUCACCUGGAAGAUGGACACCAAGGAGAACAACAUGAAGUACUGGGAGAAGAACCAGUCCAUCGCCAUCGAGCUCUCAGACCUGGUCGUCUACUGCAAGCCAACCAGCAAGACCAAGGACAACCUCGAAAACCCUGACUUCCGAGAAAUCCGCUCCUUUGUGGAGACGAAGGCUGACAGUAUCGUCAGACAGAAGCCCAGCGAUCUCCUGAAAUACAAUCAAAAGGGCCUGACCCGUGUGUACCCCAAAGGACAGCGGGUGGACUCGUCCAACUACGACCCCUUCCGCCUCUGGCUGUGCGGCUCCCAGAUGGUGGCGCUCAAUUUCCAGACUCCAGAUAAGUACAUGCAGAUGAACCACGCGCUCUUCUCCCUCAACGGGCGGACGGGCUACGUCCUGCAGCCUGAGAGCAUGAGGGCAGAGAAGUACGACCCCAUGCCGCCCGAGUCCCAGAGGAAGAUCCUGAUGACCCUGACGGUCAAGGUACUGGGGGCCCGUCAUCUCCCCAAACCCGGACGAAGCAUCGCGUGUCCCUUUGUGGAGGUGGAGAUAUGCGGAGCGGAGUAUGACAACAACAAGUUCAAGACGACAGUUGUGAAUGACAACGGCCUCAGCCCUGUUUGGGCCCCAACGCAGGAGAAGGUGACGUUUGAGAUUUAUGACCCCAGCCUUGCGUUUCUGCGCUUUGUGGUUUAUGAGGAAGAUAUGUUCAGCGAUCCCAACUUUCUGGCCCAUGCCACGUACCCCAUUAAAGGCAUAAAGUCAGGAUUUAGAUCUGUGCCUCUGAAGAAUGGCUACAGUGAAGACAUUGAGCUGGCGUCCCUCCUGGUUUUCUGUGAGAUGCGGCCAGUCCUGGAGAGCGAAGAGGAGCUGUAUUCCUCCUGCCGCCAGCUGCGGAGGCGGCAAGAAGAACUGAACAACCAGCUCUUCCUGUACGACACCCACCAGAACCUGCGCAGCGCCAACCGCGAUGCCCUGGUCAGAGAAUUCAACGUCAACGAGAACCAGCUGCAGCUGUACCAGGAGAAGUGCAACCGCAGGUUAAGAGAGAAGAGAGUCAGCAACAGCAAGUUUUACUCAUAGAAGCUGGGUCCAUGUCUAAGCAUGUUGUGUAUGCAUGUGAGUUUGCAUGGAGGAGCACGUGCUCUGUUCAGACCCUGGGAACAUCCUCACGUGUGAGGUCGUCACUCCUCCAGCCUGUCACCAAGAUGACAAACCUGAAGAUGACCCAAUUGGCAUGAGUUGGGGUAACCUUUUCAUCUUGGACACUUUCUUAACUUACCGUCUCUAAAGAGGACCCCAAAAUGUGCUCACAUGAGGCCUCUCACGUUCCAAACCUCCCUGAAUAAAUGUAGUGAAACUCGAUCAGUGACCUUCUGUGCACGACCUGUAGAGUGAGCAGGAUUCCUUCUCUGGCCUCUAAAGACCCAGGUAACUGACUUCUACAGAAGAUGAGCCGGGUCUGUAAGGAACUAAUUCAUUAGAUUCUGAAAAGAUCUGAACUAAAAGGCAAACGAUCGCACACUGAAGGCCUCGGACUUCACCAGGCCUGGAGAGGAGCCCCGGUCCUGCCCCAGCUCAGAGCACCUGAACUCCCUCUAGCGGCUGGACCCGCCUGCAGCUGCACAUGAGGGGUAGGGUGGGCUGUUCAUUAGGACAGGGACUUGCUGGGUGAGUGGGGUCAAGGGUGGCAAUCUGGGAGCUCUCUGACUUACAGGCCUAUCAGAGAGCAGAGCCCCGUGAAGGCUUGGCCAGCUUCUUAGCCCCACCGGCCUGUUCACUCCCUGGUCUGCACAGCCACGGGGCCGUGGGCUCACUCACUGCUCAAACGGGGUGAGACAGGGUGGGCUUCCUGGAUGUCACAGUUUCCUGGAGCAGUGAGCUAAGCUUUAGGGAACGACAGAAAAUCUCAGGUGCAGCCACUCCCGAAGGGGCAGAGCCACCAAGGACAAGGUGAUACUCGUCUACAUCCUGGGAUGCUAUUUACUGAUUUGUACAUGUGAUGCUUUAGGAAGGCUUUUUCAAAGUGAGGAUAGUAGUGGGCUGGGGGCGGGGGCGGUCAGUAGAGGCACCACACAGAAUGAAUUGAGAACUGACUUAGGAGAAAAGAGGUUUACCUAUGGGGAAAAAGUGAUUGUGCUGGGAGGAACAAACUAGCAGUCAGCCUGGUAGCUUUACUUGGAUGGAACUGGGUCCUAGAAACCCACUCCCCUUAUUGUCCUGAGCUUAGCAUGCCUGUGUCAUUGGAAGAGUCCAUUAAAGCCAGCCACGCUCUGUGUGAUCAGAAGACCCCCUCCCUCCAUUCCACACAAAUUUACUGAGAACUUCCACACAGCCAGCAGUAAAGUCAGGGGAGACCAUGUCUUUAAAAUGUUAAGGGAAAAAAUAGCCAUUAUCCUGGUCUCACGGAACCUCUCCACGUGCUUCUGAAGAAAUGCAUUUCUCUCUCAUGAAGCCAGGAGGGCACACCCGAUAGCGGACUGACCAAGGUGGGGCUCUUCAUUAACUUCGUUAUUCCCGAGUCGAAGCUGCUAGCUUAUUUGGCAUUGGCAACCGAGGGACGAGUAUUCCUGGUGGUAAAAAUGUUCAAAGCACCUUUCAAGAAAGCUCAGAUGAAAAAGGCAGUGAGCUGAGCACUGCAGGGCAGCCAUAGUGGCCAGUGUCCUAUUAGCUGUUGGCCAGGCAGCCGGCGGAGCCUCAGCUCAAGCUGCUUUUGGCUCCAUCACUUUCCCUACAAGCUCAGGUGUCGAUGGCAUUACCUAUUUGCAGCCUGGGGUGUGUAGAGGACACAACACUUUCCCACUUCACUCCAUUUAAAAGCUCAAAAGCUAAGACCUGGAUCCCCCUUCCGCUUAAAAUGCAUUUAUCUGCUACUUUGUCAAAGGAAUGACGAAGUAGCAACGUAGAAGUCAGAAGGCUCAGCAUCUGUUCAGCUGCUGUGCUGUAGAAUCCACACCCAGCCACAUCCUCGCAGAGUGGAGUGGAGCAGAGCAGCUGAGGGGGGUGCUGACAUUCUCAGGGGCACUGAGAAGAGCCCUCGCCCUGAAAGAUUGGCUCCUCCUCUCAGGUGCUCCAGUGAUGUUGAUUCAGCAUCACAGAGUAUUUGCCUUGGUACCACCAUUCUCCCCAUAAUUGGGUAACACAUGAAUCCGGUCAUGUUGGUGUUAGGAGUCUCUCCGUGAGGAGGCACACAGAGAGAAAGAGGGGCACAGAUGACAUCGCUGCUCUUGCCUGAGUCUGCCUGGAAGCCACGUAACCUGAGUAUAAACACCUCGCUGAGACUGUGCUUUCACAGCCACGUAAAGAGCACAGCCGAUUCAGAUCAAGCAGAAGAGUGACAGGAACACUGUGAAAGACGGCAGCAACACUGAUGGAGUCAGCCCGCGACUGCCUAUGUGCACAACUGUCUGUAUUCUACUGAAUAAGGGAAAUGGUGAACAUUAGCUAUUACAUGGAAAACGAAAUAGAUGAAGCUGGUUAGAUCAUUUGAGUUUGGGAAAUUUAGGUUGGAGAAAGUUAAUUUCUCUGCUGUUAACUUGCCUAUUCUAACGUGCACACUGAAGAGGGUUAGACUAUCACAUUUCCUAAGUUUGAUCUGAGAACCCUUUUGCCAAGAAACAUCUUACAGGAACACAUUUGAGGACCUGCUUCUCUAUUAAAGACAGUGACAUGAUCUAAUCAUUUAUAUGCUUUACAAUGUAGUUGGAUCUGAACUUAAGCCAAGGCCAGUGGUUUUUAAACUGGGCCAGCCUUACCCCUAGCAGUCUAUCAGAGCUUUCUAAGGAGUCACAGACUCUUUUUUUCAGGGGAUCAAUUUUCAGAUCCUCAACUGCCUGUUGCACUCUAUCCAGAGAUUCAUCAGCAUGAGAAAAUGCCCUUUUUCCCCCUUACAGAAGGAAGUAGGUCUUCUCCCCACAUUCAGUCUUACUAUAGAGCAGGACUCAAGGUACAAUUUCAAAGUAUAGUGUCUGGAAAGUGCAAGCCUCUUAACAGGUCCUCCUCCGGUGCUGGUGGUUUCCAGUUCCUUGCUUUCAACAAAACUGAAGGAAUACCCAGAUUUCUGAGUAUUUUAACUCCUUCUGUUCUCAGUUGUCUGUGUGAAAAAGGAUCAUUAGCAUUUCCAUUUGUAAAACUUAAAACGGAGAAUAGAAUUGAUACUGUACCAUUGCCAUUCUACCAAAGAUAAUAGUAAUCUACACAGAGAGUAAAGAACCAAAGUAGAAGCCUUCUUUGACUCAUUACAUUGCCAGUGGAAUUUUACUGUUAGUUCUUUAUUAAAUGUGUACUCUGUUUAUUAAACAAGCUGAGUUCAGAAGAAAUUUAGAAUAUGUGGAGCCUUUUUAAAUGAUUGUGUAGGUAGGAUGAUGUGUGAUUUUGUUACAGAUAUGCAGCUAAAUAAUAUAUAAGCCAAGGAUAAUUAAGCUACAAUUUUAUAAAGUAGAAUAAAAAUAUAAAUUCAAUGAGUAAAAAAAAAUGUGGCAUUUCCUACCAUUAAAAAUUCCCUUGUUUGUAGAAUUUUUUGAAAGGAUGAUAGUGUCUAUCACCAAUUGCACUUAGAACCUUUGGCUAAAUUUAAAGGGAAAUGGAAAUAUUUUACCGGAAGAUGCAGUAUCUACCAUGUACCGUGCGCACCUCUGCAACUAUUCAGGAUGAAAUUAUUAGACAUUAAUGUAGAAAUGUGUAAGGGGACCCACGAGUUUUCCAAAGUCAGGAGGUCUCUGAGCAUAAAAUUUUAAGACUGAUCCAGGGCCACUAAGGGUGAGUUUUAUUUGGACUUAAGAAGGAUGGUUAAAGGGGGCUCUAGUUCUUUUAAUUUCUAGAAGUGUAGCUGAACUUUCCCAUAUAGGUGAUAUCCAACUUUUUGGAGACAACCCUAAAAGCUAUAUUCUUACCAACAGAAAGCUGAUCAUUAGAUUAAGAAAUAUGCAAAAUUAUAAAACUGGCAUUUGAAAACUACUCAGUGAUUUUGUGUCAGGCUUUUCAUUCUCAAAAUAUUUUCUUUCUGAAGAACCAGUUCCAUGGUGAUCCUGUCUCAGAAAUGUCCAUACUUAUUUCUCAAUAGGCUUUAAAAAGCUGCACUUGUAAACGUGUGUUUGUUAUUAAAGCUUAAUUUAUUUUUUAUAUAAAUAGUGUGUGCUUGUGUGUACACAGAGAAUCAUGUGAAUGUAUCACACAAAUGUUGGCUGUUAUUAAUGUGAGAAUUAAAUGGCUGUAUCACAUUUAAAAAAAAUAAAAUUUGUCUCAUUCAAUAGA